ACCCUAAUCUUUCUCCAGAUUUCCGAAACUGUUAUCCCCAAUUCUGUCCCAAAGUAGAAUUGAAGAUUUACUUUAUUCUUUUUGGGAUUUUUCCGUUGUAGCCUUCGCCUUUGAAUUCUAUUUAAGGUAGGACGAAGCUGAUUAGUUGAUCAUUACAUGGAAAAGGUGGAGUCUUAAUUUUGUAUUAGUUGCUCCAUGGGAGACCACAAUUUCUUUGUUGGUCAGGAGUUCCUUGAUGUCAAGGCCUUCCGUAAUGCUAUUAAAGAAGCUGCCAUUGCACAACACUUUGAGCUGCGUAUUGUAAAAAGUGACCUUAUUCGUUACUUUGCAAAGUGUGCCACCGAAGGAUGUCCAUGGCGCAUUCGUGCAGUUAAGCUUCCUAAUGCCCCAACCUUUACAAUAAGAAGCCUUGAAGGAACACACACUUGUGGGAAAAAUGCACAAAAUGGGCACCAUCAAGCUUCUGUAGAUUGGAUUGUGAGUUUUAUCGAAGAACGGCUGCGGGAUAACAUCAAUUACAAACCAAAGGAUAUAUUGCAUGACAUUCAUAAACAAUAUGGGAUCACUAUACCAUACAAGCAAGCUUGGCGUGCAAAGGAACGGGGUCUUGCUGCUAUUUAUGGCUCUUCUGAAGAAGGAUAUUGCUUGCUUCCUGCUUAUUGCGAGCAAAUAAAGAAAACCAACCCUGGAAGUAUUGCAGAGGUGUUCACCACUGGUGCAGAUAAUCGGUUCCAGCGGCUCUUUGUUUCCUUUCAUGCAUCUAUAUAUGGAUUCUUGAAUGGAUGCUUGCCAAUUGUUGGGCUUGGUGGAAUUCAGCUUAAAAGCAAAUAUCUUGGUACUUUGCUUUCAGCAACUUCUUUUGAUGCUGAUGGUGGGUUGUUUCCACUUGCAUUUGGUGUUGUUGAUACAGAAAAUGAUGAUAGCUGGAUCUGGUUCUUAUCAGAGUUGCAUAAGGCCUUAGAGAUGAAUUCUGAGAAAAUGCCUCAGCUGACUUUUCUAUCAGAUGGACAAAAAAGCAUCAUGGAUGCCGCAAGGAGAAAGUUCUCAAAUUCCGGGCAUGCAAUUUGUAUGCACCAUUUGACUGAAAGCAUUGGCAGAGAGUUCAAGAACUCACGGCUUGUUCAUCUUCUGUGGAAAGCGGCAUAUGCUACAACUACUAUUGCUUUUAAAGAGAAAAUGGCUGAAAUAGAGGAGGUUUCUCCUGAAGCUGCAAAGUGGAUACAGCAAUUUCCUACUUCCCGCUGGGCAUUGGUAUAUUUUGAAGGGACACGUUAUGGGCACCUCUCAUCAAACAUUGAGGAAUUUAAUCGGUGGAUUCUUGAAGCGCGGGAAUUACCCAUAAUCCAGGUGAUUGAACAAAUUCACAGCAAAUUGAUGUCUGAGUUUAAGGACCGGCGAAUUAAAAGUAGUUCAUGGUUUUCUGUUCUUGCCCCUGCUGCUGAAACGCGAAUGUUAGAAGCAAUUAGCCGUGCAUCAACUUAUCAAGUUCUACGGUCAGAUGAAGUAGAAUUUGAGGUGAUAUCAUCCGAACGAUCAGACAUCGUGAAUAUCGGGAAACAUUGUUGUUCUUGUCGAGAUUGGCAACUUUAUGGAAUACCUUGUUCACAUGCUGUUGCAGCACUCAUGUCAUGCCGAAAAGACGUAUAUUCUUUCACGGAGAAAUGCUUUACUGUGGCCAAUUAUCGUGAGACUUAUGCAAAAGGGAUACACCUUAUUCCUCAGAAGAUUGAUUGGAAGAAGAUCGGCGAGGCUCCCAUCCCCAUGGAUGAGGAUGCUCAAGUUGUGCGACCACCCAAGUUUCGUCGGCCACCAGGUCGUCCUGAAAAGAAACGGAUAUGUGUAGAGGAUCUCAAUCGUGAGAAACACACAGUGCAUUGUAGUCGGUGUAACCAGACAGGGCAUUAUAAAACAACUUGCAAAGCAUAGAUUAUGAAGGGUAUCGAACAGUUCUAGGAUCUAAUUUUGUACUUUUAUAGAUUGUAGAUUAUAUCAAAAAUAGUGGUGUUGUAUUAGGGCAUACUUAUUACUCAGUGUAAAAUAGGAAAAUCUCGAUUGUAUCUCUUUCAGAAUGUAUGUAUAAUGGGAAUGAAAUUGAAAUUGAAAGGCCCCAGGCUAUCA